AUGCCGUGUCACUUCCAGUCCCUGAUCCCCACCCAGAUGCAUGCCGUGUCACUUCCAGUCCCUGAUCCCCGCGCGGAUCGCGUGACACCGCUCAGGCCCUCCAUGGACGCUGCUGACUGCGCAGCCCGUCGCUUGUGCACAAUCGACGCUGCUGUUUGGAAGAUGCCCGCAGUCCCCAGCCAUGAUCCCCCACCUCUCCUUGAAGGGAAAUUUUCUGCCGUCAUCAGCCAGCAGAACAUGAACAUCCUUGGAUCAUUCUCCAGUGAUCUACCCGGCCGACGGUUCUACUUGAGGGAGGAGGUUUAUGGAAACGGCUUCACCCUGUUUGAGGAUAUUCUGAUGCUCUUUUCUGAGAAAGUCAUGUAUGUGAUCUCAUACACCAACUCCACCUGCAUCUCCCUGCCCCUCAACAUGGACCUGCACCCUAUGGAGUUCCCGCCCAAGGCCCAGUAUUUGAAUCAGGUGUACAUCGGAUCUGCUCUCCCUGGGGAAGGAGUGCUGGCGGACGUCUGGACUGGAACCUACUCUAUGAUCAAAGGUCCAUACUUCAUAACCACUACAUCCACCGGAUGCCUUCCCAUCAGCGGUGUAUUCAACGUAGAAACUAUCGGCAACCUGGUAGCUGCUUAUGUUGACUUGGUUUAUGGAAUCGAAGACCCCAAUGUUUUCACCCCACCCUCAUUUUGCAAGAAAGCCAAUUAGGAGGAAGAACUGCUGGAAGACGUACAACAAAUAAAACAGAAAUAAAACAAUGCAGAUUAAUAUGUAUUGAUCUCCAGAAAUAGGGACAGGCGUUGAACCCGCAACUUUGGGGUUUGAGGCCAGAAUGUUACCCUUCAAGCCACUGUGCAAACUUCUUUGUUUUGCUUUCUUAAAUUGUAACAAUUAUAUAUAAGCAACCCAUGACUGAUUAUUCUUAUUACGCAAACAUUACACUGUGUUUCAUGUGAUCCAAUGAUAUCGUGUCACAUGUCAUGUUCCUGUAAUCAAUCAAUAAAUUUGUCUUUCUCAGCCAGU